GGGGUAACAUGACGGUGAAAGAACUUGAGCAUAAGUUCAGGGACCUUGCCGACCACAUACCGGAGUAUGCGUGUGAUGAGAACCGAAUGGUGAAUCACUUUUGGGAGGCCUUGGACUUGGAGAUACGUGAUAGGGCGACUCAAUUGCCCAACAUGACUUUCAGCCAAGUGGUUGCCCAGGGGUUGAAGGGAGAAAAGCAAUGGGAGGAAAGGAAGAAGAGGGACGCCGAGGAGGCAAAGAAGAGGAAAUGGGAGAGCCAUGGCCCCCAAGGUUCUAAUAAGAAAGGGAACCAUGGGGGAGGAGGAUCAUUCAGGGCACCGGCACCACCAUCUAGGGGAGGCUCAGGCACGGGUGGACAAACCUCGGGCUCGCAAGCCCCAAUGAUGAUUAGAUGCAGGAAUUGUAACCGGAACCAUGGGGGUAAGUGUCGUGACCCUCCCCGGUGCUACCAAUGUGGAGACACGGGGCAUAUUAAACCAAAUUGCCCUCAACUUGGUGGGAACCGAGGGGUGGGAUCAAGCGGCGCUACCACGGCAAGUAGGAACCGAAGCGGAGCACCUCAUGCUAGUAUGGGGCAGGGGGGGAGCGAGCACAAGCAACGCGCCGUCCGUGAACCAAGGAAGGACUCAAGCCAGAGUCUACGCAAUGACCGAGGCCGACGCUCGGGCCAACCCCGACUCCGUUGCAGUUUCAGGUAGAACUUGAAGGUUGCUACCACCGCCCGUUGCUUCGGGAAGAUCAAAGGAGGGAGACGUGGUUCGUGCUUCUUCCGUUCCUGUUUUAAAAACAUUUAAAUUAAUGCUCAUGGAUAUUAUAUUUUUGAAUAAUUAUUUGGGGGCUUGUAUGCCCAAGUUUGCCAAGUGUGGCAUGAAUAUUUGUAUCAAAUGUUUCCGCUGCUUGAAUGAAUGUUUUACAUUAUGCUUGUUUAUGGAUGUACUAUGUGUGAAUGAUAUCCCAGACGCCUUGUAUAGUAUGGAUGUGUUGAACUGUGGUUGACUAUUCGUACUGUACGGCGGAUUGUUGACGUGUCC